AUGGCUGUUGCAGAAUUCACUUUAUCCAAUUUGACCGUAUCGCAUGCUGUUUCGGAAUCAACUACUGUCAACGAGAUGAUUAGUAUGGUGAAACAAUACUGUCCUUAUGUCCCUGAAGACCUCGUACUUUUUGGUUACACUGUAGAUGGAAUUUCACAUGUGAUUAAUCACGAUUUGGAGUUGAGGUUUUUUAUUCACUACUGCAUCUCGAAAGGGAUUGAUGUGUUGAAGUUUAACAUCCAGUUUAAGAUUCGCGUUGAUUCUGUUCCUCCCUCUUCUUCUGUUGCUCCUUCUUCGUCAUCAUCAAGUUGUGUUUCAAACAACGAGGUGGCUGUUGUAGAAGAGUUGACGGAUGAUUCAUCUUUGAUCAAAAAGGUCCCCAAGAAGUCAAAUGCUUGGGAAAACAUCUUAAUCGGAGUAGGGCAGGUUUUUGAAAGUGUUAAAUAUUGUCGUGAUACUGUUAAGAAGUAUGGAUUUCAUAGUGGUUACAAAACUCAAAUACGUAAGAGUGACAAGAAACGUUACAUUAUGAAGUGUAAGAACAAGAAAAGUAAAAAUUGUAGCUGGACGUUUCAUGCAUCUCUCUUUACCAAUACUAAAGAUGAAUUUCGAGCAUCAAAGAAGAAGAAGACUACAACUGAUGUCAUAGAUCCGCUCCAUCUGGAAUAUGGUAUUGAUCUCACGUAUAAUCUGGCAUACCAUGGUUUACAGUUCACUAAAGAGUGUCUUUGGGGUGAUGACAUCAAGUCCUAUUCAGACUUUGUUUGGUAUAAAGAAUCAAUUGAACGUUAUAAUCUUGGAAGCGUCGUCAAGUUUGAGUAUGAUGGUUUAACGAAGCAGUUCCAAAGGUUUUUUGUUGCUUUCAAAGCUUCCACUACUGGUUUCAAUAAUUGUUGUCGUCCGAUGUUAUUUAUUGAUUGUACUUUUCUCACUGGGAAGUUUAAGGGUGGUCUUAUGGUUGCUUGCGGGAAAACUGAUAACCAAGGCUCACCAUUCGUACUGUUUGUACCACAUGAAAGGAAUAUUCCGGUUCCAAAGGGAAAGAGUAGGCAAACUGCUGUGAAGUUGUUUGAAGAGUGCUACACUGCGUUAACAAAGGAGAAAUUUUAUGCUGCUGCCAAGAGUGUGAGCAAUCUGAAGCUGGAUUCGGUGAUUGAUUGGAUGGUAAAGAUUCCAUUCCAGAACUGGGCUGCUCAUGCAUUUCUAGGAGAAAGGUUUGGUGAGAACACAUCAAACAUUGCUGAGAGUUUUAACAAUGUGAUUAAGCAUGAUAAGCGGCUUCAAUCACUUGAGCUUAUCGAUUGUAUUUGUGCUAAGGUAAUGGAGAAGAACUACAAGAGGUUGGUGGAGUUUAGUAAGUGGACUUCAAAGCUUACUCCUCGGAUGCAGGCUAGGCUCAACAAAAGGGUGACUGACUGGCGUUUUUACAAGUUCCGAAGAUCAAGUGGUAAAGUUUUUAAGAUCAUUUCUCCUACUGGAAAGCACACAGUCGAGGAUGCUAAGACAUGCACUUGCAAUUGGUGGCAGAAGCAUAGUUUCCCUUGCACCCAUUCAAUGAAAAUAAUGUUGCAAAUUGGGCCAGAUGAACCUUACAAGUACAUCAUUCCAUAUUAUACCAUCGAGUACUAG